ACAGCAGGACAGGAGAGCGGCCAGGAAAACGAGGGAGGGGAGGGGAGGGGAGGCCAGGAGGGCGAGAGCAGCUGUCGCUUUUGACCUAGGGCGCCGUAACGGAAUCAAGGCGGAUUCGCGCGCGCCCAGCUACUCCUACGAGUUGCUCGCUCCUUCCUAUAUAACGGACCGCAAAGGCAACGGCAACGGCAAAGCCAUCGUCGUCGUCGUCGUCGUACUUUCGCACAAGAACACGGGUGAGGUCGGCUGCUGGCGGUUGGAGAAGCAGAGCAGAGGAGCUUGGAUCUUGGAGGUAGCGGCGGCAAUGGAGAAGCCCCGGCAGGUGGUGCGGAAGUUCCUGGCCCGGCCGCAGCACGAGGGCGUCGGCGCCGUCGUCCGCCGCAGCAUCGGCAGGUUCGAGCUGAGGUACUUCGAUCCGUUCCUUGUCCUCGACGAGUUCUCCGUUUCUGCUCCGGCCGGGUUCCCCGACCACCCGCACCGAGGCUUCGAGACCGUCACCUACAUGCUCGAGGGCGCCGUGACGCACGAGGACUUCGAGGGCCACCGUGGUACCAUCAAGGCCGGCGACGUGCAGUGGAUGACGGCCGGCCGCGGCAUCGUGCACUCCGAGAUGCCCGCCGGCCCCGGCACGUCCAAGGGCCUGCAGCUCUGGGUCAACCUCUCCUCCGGCAACAAAAUGGUGGAGCCCGGGUACCAGGAGAUCCAGAGCAAGGACAUCGCAUGCACGUCCGCGGACGGCGUCACGGUGCGCGUGAUCGCCGGGCACGCCAUGGGCGUGCGGUCGCCGGUGUGCACGCGGACGCCGACCAUGUACCUGGACUUCACGGUGCGGCCCCGCGGCGUGGUGCGGCAGCCCGUGCUCGCGUCGUGGAACGCCUUCGCCUACGUGCUGGAGGGCGAGGGCGUGUUCGGGGCCGAGCGGGGCGCGCCCGUCGGCGCCCACCACCUGCUGCUGCUCGGCCAGGGCGACGGCGUCGAGGUGUGGAACAGGUCGGACGACAGGCCGCUCCGCUUCCUGCUCAUCGCCGGCGAGCCCAUCGGGGAGCCCGUCGCGCAGCUGGGCCCGUUCGUCAUGAACACCGAGGAGGAGAUCGACAUGACCGUCAACGACUUCGAGUGCUACGCCAAUGGGUUUGAGAAGGCCAGGCACUGGAAAUCGCAGGCGAUGGUAGCGCUUGGCGUAGAGUAGGGCGAAACACAGAACACAGGAUGAAGAAAGAAAACGAAUAGACUAUUUUCGGUUCUUUUUUUUCCUCACGUUAAUUAUCGUUCUAUUCUAGUUUGUUGCAUUCAAUUUUAACCCCCAAACAUGGGUCGCUUUGUGUACAUAUCUGCGAUAAAUUAAUUUUAUCAAUAAAAAUGAAUUCGCCAAAUGUUCAAAAAA